AUAAUUUAAUUAUUGAGCUCGUUUAUGAAUAUGUAAGUAGACGCGGCGAUAAUGACAUGGGCUCACGCGUCCGUGUUUCUCACUUUCAAUUAUGCCGAUAAGGAUCAGAAGUCGUUGUCGAUGUCCAAUAUGUCCAUGGGGAGCACUGGGCCCGUUAAUGAUUCAACAUUAGUCGAUCAGGGCCGGGGAUCGGGGACAAUUUCAACAGUCACGCGCUGUACUUUCUUUACCCAUCGUGACUUUGGUCUCGCCGACCAUUGUCUUCGCAGGACACUUUAUAUCCUGGGUGCAUGUCAAAUUACAAUCAGUCAUAGUUUAGCGACCGACUGGCGAUCGUCCUUUCUUUUAAUUGCAGUGCAGAAGUGUUGUGGGUGGCCGAUAUGUGUAACAAAUUCACCGUGUUGUCCCUAGCCUACGUGGCUGUAUUCGUAGGCUUAGUGCAAUGUGAGGAAGAUGCUUCAAACUUGACGGAAAUUUUGAGCAGUGCAGAGGAGAGCGUAGGCCGUACAUUCGGCCACAACGCGCUGAAGCGGCUCUCGUUCAUCUUCUUGCCGGUGAUGUUCACGCUGGGUGUCAUCUCCACGCUGCUGAUGGCGCUCGCUGUCAUCUCCGUCAAGAACUUGGCCAUCGGCGUUAUGCUGCUCAUUGUCUCCGUCAGUCAGGCCGUAUCGCGUUUGUUCCUGGCGGCGGCGCCAGCGUCCCCGCUGGUGCACCUGCACCCGCGCGCCGAGCUGCUCCCCGCGCCCGUGGCCGCGCCCUGGCCCGCGCCCGGGCCUCUGCUCUCGCCCUGGGCCCGGUCCGACAACGACGCUACCAUCUCCGACUAA